UCAUAAUGGCAAGGGAAAGAGAAAGAGAAAGAGAAAGAGAUCCUUUAGUAGUUGGUCGUGUAAUAGGUGAUGUGCUUGACCCUUUUAAUAGAAGAAUAUCUUUAAGGGUCACCUAUGGUUCUAAGGAAGUUAGUAAUGGUUGUGAAUUUAAGCCUUCAGCUGUUGUUAUCCAACCUAGGGUUGAGAUUGGAGGAGAUGAUUUAAGGACCUUUUAUACCCUGAUCAUGGUUGACCCUGAUGCACCCAGCCCAAGUCGCCCAACCCUAAGGGAAUAUUUGCAUUGGUUGGUAGUAGAUAUUCCUGCAACUACUGGGGCUUCUUUUGGGCAAGAGAUAAUGUGUUAUGAGAAACCACAACCAACAGCUGGAAUUCAUCGAUAUGUUUUAAUGUUAUUCCAGCAAUUGGGUAGGCAGACAGUAUAUGCACCAGCUUGGCGCCAAAACUUCAACACUAGAGACUAUGCAGAGGUUUACAAUCUUGGAUUGCCUGUUGCUGCCCUUUAUUUUAACUGCCAGAGAGAGAAUGGAUCUGGUGGUAGAAGACCAGAAAUCAAUGUUCUUAGAUUCUGAGAGAGAGACUUGAAACAAAAAAAAUAAAUAAGAGAA